CUCAGAUAACGACGACCAGCCACGCCCAACGACCAAAGGAAAACCCUCGCCUCACCACACCACCCGUCGCAAUGCAUCUUUACUACUACAACGACCCCGCCACCGGCGACCGCGUCUACACGCUCCAGAAGGUCGUCGACGGCCGCGUCACCAAGUCCGCUCACCCCGCCCGUUUCUCCCCCGAUGACAAGUACUCCCGGCAGCGCGUGACGCUGAAGCGGCGCUAUGGGCUGCUUCUGACGCAGCAGAACAACAAGAAGACCUCCGAGCUCUAAAUUUUCGUCGUCGCAUGAUUGAUUGAUUGAUUGAUACCUACCUACCUACCUACCCUCCUACAACCUACCUACUCUGUCGACCUACCUCUGUCGAAUUCCCGCA